UGUAUUUCCAUUGGAAGAAAUGUCAAAUGUAUCUGACAUUUGGAAUAGUUUCCCGCUCAGUAAUUUCGCGGAGCACCAAAACGCAUAUUUCCAACGAAUCAAGCAUUUUUAAGGGUAGAGGAGAAAACAUCGAUUGGUGUGUUUUUUUAGACUUAGACCGAUUUCAACUAGCGACAAAUAGUUUGGCGUGAAAACAAAUUGCAGUAAAUAAAAAAACGAAAGAAAGAAAGAAAAGUGCACCGCAUUCUGUAAAAGUAUCUAUUUGCUAACAAGAAGAAAUAAAUGUAUUCGAAUUAGACAUUGGCGAAUAUUGGCUAUUGCAUUUUAGCAUCAUGAUUGUACAAGAACCCGUGCAGGCAGCCAUCUGGCAUUGUUUGAAUAAUUAUGCAUUUCGGGACGCAACCUUUCUCGCAGAACGACUAUGUGCUGAAAUUGAAACCGAUGAAAGCAUUUUCACAUUGGCUACUUGUUAUUAUCGAUCAAAUCAAAUUCAUCAAGCGUAUUGGCUGCUCAAUAAAAAGAAAACCAAAGCUGCUAAAUGUAGAUAUUUAUAUGCAAAAUGUGCAUUCGAGUUGAAAAAGUACAACGUUGUCGAGGUUGCUUUGACACGUGAGUCUAACGUCGAAAUCGAACAUUUGGAUCGUAUUGUUGACGAUUUUGCCGACAUCGCAAGCUUUGCAUUGCAAUUAUUGGCAAAAUUGUGUUCAGUGACGGACCGUCAUCAGAUUGCUGCUCAUGCCAACCGUCGUGCGCUUAAAUUGAAUCCAUUUUUAUGGACACCGUUCGUUAGUUUGUGCAAUCAUGGUCAUAAGCCAGUGCCCAAUGAAAUCUAUAAAUUUGAUAAUAUCGAAACCUUUCAUACGUGCCAGGAGAAUUUCAAUUGGAAUAGUUCGUUCAUAUUUCUUGGCGCCGGUGAUUCCACUGAUGUAAGCCUCUCAGAAUCAGACGAUUCGAGUAGAUCGUACAGUAUUUAUACAACACCAAUUAUGGAUCAGAAUGUUUUCAAUGCAAAUGAUCGAAUCAUUAGUUCGUUAAAUACAUCAUGCACGACUACCGUGGGUAAUGUAACCGCAUCGGAGAGUUUGAAUGACAGUUCAGUGGCUGGUGCAACACCAUUUCGACGCCAAUUUAGAUAUUUAUCGAAUAUAAGUCCGUCAACGCCAAGUUUUGGAUGGCUACCGGCCAAUAGUCCCGUCGAAAAUACAAAUACAAGAAAUAGUAAAAUGAUAUCGCCGACGUUUCAACAACAACAACAGCAGCAGCAACAACAACAAAUGCUAUCUGAAACCAACGAACAAAAUAAAUACAAUCGAAAAAAUUUGCGAAGUAACGUUACAAAUUCUGGUAAUCGUAAAGAGGCUCCGUUACAAAUAAGUAAACCAGUUUUUAUGCAAACUGGCAACACAACACCACGAACACAGAACACACUUGGCGCACAAAAUGUGCGUCGCAGUUCACGCCUAUUCACAAGUAAUUCAGUUAAGGAGAAUAGUAAAAAUCCGAUGGGAAAUAAAUUUGCGGCGCCAAGAUCACCGCCACGUAAAAAUAAACAGCGUCUCACCACAAAAAUGAAUCUAUCCAAUUCAGCCCUAAAUGAAAUCAACGCAGAGAAACCACAAAAACAAAUAUCCGAUUUGGACAAAGAGAAAAUUGAAACAAUCACAUCGACUGGUAAUAUUAUGAAUACAAAAACCGUGAACAAUACACAAAAUGUGGCGAAACAAAUUCUAAUAAUGCGAAAACAAAGUGCUGAAGGUCUGAUGUCAUUGAUGCGCAUAUUAGCCGAUGGUUAUCUUCAAAUGUCACAAUUCAAUUGUAUUGAAGCAAUCGAAGCGUUCAAUAGCAUUCCAUAUCAUCAUUUAAUGUCGACGGGAGUGCAAAGUAUGAUUGCCAAAGCGUAUCACGAGAAACAUGACUAUAAAAUGGCUGCCCAGAUAUUCAUGGAAAUUCAUCGAAAAGAACCGAAUCGCCUUGAAAUGAUGGAAAUUUAUAGUACGGUAUUGUGGCAUUUGCAACGUGAAGUUGAACUGUCAGCAUUGGCACAAGACUUGAAAGCACAAGAUUAUCUAUCACCAAUAACUUGGUGUGUGCUGGGUAACUGCUUUUCAUUGCAAAAAGAACACGAAUCGGCCACCAAAUGUUUUGAACGUGCCGUUCAAGUUGAUCCCGAUUUCACCUAUAGUUAUACAUUACUUGGCCAUGAAUUAAUCAUCACCGAAGAACUUGACAAAGCAAUGUCUUGCUUCCGAACCGCUAUUGUUAAAGAUCCACGUCACUAUAAUGCAUGGUAUGGCAUGGCUUCCAUUUAUUCAAAACAAGAGCGUCAUCAUUUGGCCGAAUAUCAUUUUAAGGAAGCGCUUAAAAUCAAUCCCAAAUGGUCGGUCAUGAUGGUGCACAUCGCUGUCACACAAUUCAAUUUAAAUAAAACCGAACAAGCGUUGGAAACAUUAAAUGCAGCCAUUGCUAUCGAUCCGAAUAAUCCAUUGUGUAAAUUUCAUCGUGGUUCGAUUUAUUUCCAGUGCGGACGUUAUGUGGAUGCACUCAAAGAGCUCGAACAAUUGAAGCACACUGUGCCAAAGGAAUCAGUUGUAUUUUAUAUUGUAGGAAAAAUUCAUAAAAAAAUGGGCAACGUCGAUUUGUCAUUGAUGAACUAUAGCUGGGCAACCGAUUUAGAUCCGAAAGGGGCAAACAAUCAAGUGAAAGAAGCAUUUGAUGGACAAAAUAAUUCAACAAUGCCAUUAUUAACGCCAGAUGCACACGAAGCCGCUUCCGACCGAAGUGACGAUUCAACACAAUUGCGAGGUGGCGAAGACGGCGACGAACCAAGCCUGUUAAAUAAUGAUGAUUUCUAAAAUUAAAUCGAUUUCCACACCAACAUCUCAACACCAACAGCAACAACAGAUAAUUAAUGCGACGAAACAAUAGGGAGCGCAAAACAAAAUAGAAUAUAACAAUAUACAGAUAUUUUAGUCGAUUUCGCAGUUUCUUGUUUAAAACUGAAUGUACAUGAAUUUAAUCAAAUGAUAAUUGAAAUAGAGAUAAGAAAAUGGAGCAUGAAAAAGAAGUUAAGUACGGAAAAAAAAUUUAGAGACAAAGUACGCUUAGUUGAUAACAAAAGAAAAUCGAACAUAAAAUGGUAAACACUUGAUGGAAAUUUCAUUGAAGUUUCAAAAACUUUAUAAUAAAUGUGAUUCAGAACUCACUACGAAGUACACAUGCAAAAUAGGAAUAAGGAUGGUUCACUUUUUCUUUCUCUGUUGUUUUCUAAGUGGAUUUUUUCUUUCAAAGACUUUGUUGUGCAUUCGAUAAGCAGAACGUUCAGCAGUUAGACCCAAAGCCGAUAUGUAAAAUAGGAACAAAAUAAAACGGAAAAAAAAGAAAUAUAUCGAAAGCUAAAUUAAAAUACUUACAAAAAA